ACACCAAUGAAACAGAGCAGAUGAUUAAAGAUUUCAGUUCACUAGCAAAGGGAGCUUCAGCCUACGGCACUUGAUGUUCUCAAGUAGUCUCCUAGCAAAGUACUGACCAGAUCCAGCCCUAUUUAGCUCCAGCAAACCAACAGGAUCAGGCAUGCCUAGAGAGGUGUGGCUGCAGGUCAGUGGGGAGAAGCAGGACCCAGGAGACUGACAAUAAUGGAGUGGUAGCACUAACAACAAUCCAACAGUUGAAGAAGCGAUGAAGGGUGGAGAUAAAGAGCAACAGGUGAGCGGCAUCAGUCGCUGAUUGGCAGAAGUGAAGCUGGAGGGAAUGAGAUGGUGAAAACCCAAAAGUUCCUUUCACAAUAAGAGCCUCUGGCAGGAAGUCAGGGGCGGACCAUGACAUGAGGUGCUUUAAAGCCUCAGUUGAUGUUUCUGUCCUCAGAUCCAGAGGGAGAAAAUGAAUCAUGGUCCAAACCUGCACUAGGCAUCUUCACACAAAGUCUUUGCUUAUUUUAUGUUAGCCUCCCAGAACCCACUAUAAAAUCAUUAAAAUAACAUAUUCAAAACACACUUCCAAAAGAAGUUCAUUCUUGACCUUAGAAAUAGUAUUUGGACAAAUUAAACCAUUUGAUCCAGUGAUGAAAACCAUGUAACAUGGUUGAAAGCUCUGGAAAAAGUUAGCAAGCUAACCUUGAGUCAGGACUGUUUUGUCAAACCACUUUUUCAAGAUAAAACAUGCAUUUUGAUCCACGAUUAAUAAAGCACCAUGAGCAUUUAAAGAGGUGAGCUUCACUGUGUCAACAGAACCACCGGACAAGUCUCCCAUCAGAUUCCUACUGUUGUGAUCUUGACUCUGCAGGCUUUUGAUUUAAAACAUGCUGGACCAUAUUGGAUAUUGACUGUGCACACGCUUUUUGUUAGGAGGACCCAAAGUGCUUCACAUAGACUUCUUCAUUGAUGAGUCUUCCACAGAAAUCUUAGCAAUCUGAGGCACAAGUGCAACAAAAGACAAGGUCACCGUUCAGGCCACUAAAGCACUUGCAUUUGUCUCCUGAGGUUUCAUAAUUUGUGCCUGAAAGAUGAGUUCCAUCUAUUUUAGACUAAACCCCUGUUAUUUUUGGCAUCUGUCUGAUCAAACAACUGAGGCUGUCCCAAGACUGGAGACAGUGUGUGGAGGAGGUAUCACUGCUGGAGGCAUUUAUGCAAGAACAAGCAGUGACUUUGGACUGUUUUGUACAUUUCACUCCAACUUACAGCCCUGUAUGUCCUUUGCUAUUAACUAUUAAAACACAUCAGAACCAACCCAUCUGUCCUCAAACACCUUUCUUUGUCAAAAUCUAGUUUUAACAAAGUUGGUAUUUUAUCUGCAGUAUUACUUACAUGCACCAAAAUAAAUUCCUGGAAACCUCUGCUGUAAACUAUAUCUGCAUAUUUUACACCAAGCUCAAAAUUUUCUCCCUUUUGAUAUGUAAAUAUGGUUAUUUGCACGUUUAAUUCCAAUAUGGCGUAUUCUUACAGAAGACAGCUUUAAUUAUCUAUCUAUUAUCAUGUCAGUUUGAAUUCUACUUCAACUUCUUUUUCGUUUCCAAUUGCCCACUGAUAAGCCUUUAUUCUGCCAGUAUUUAUUCUGCAACAACCCCGUUUAUUCUCAUGGGUGUUUCAAUUUAAUGUUAAAACUCAUUAAACCCACAUUAAAUAACCUGGAGCUUAAUACAAAUAUAUGCACAAAUGCAUGCGCAAAAUAUGCAACAAUGACCGUAACAAGGGUGCACCGCAUUUCAAGAUGCACGUGAUCAUUCUUACAAUUUCACUGUUAAUUCGGGAAGCGUGCGCUAUUUUCAUCUCCCCGUACGACUGUUACCAUCCCUCUCUUUUCUGGUAAUUCUCAGUGACUUGACUCUGGACUAAAAUUAUGAGGGAAAGAUGCAGGAAAUACCAAAUUGUUGCUAUAUUGGACCAUCCACCGGUGCAGCUGGUCUAUUUUUAGCUGGGAACUACAUCAGCUCCGACUGCAGACACUGUGAGGGGAAAUCACCAGCGUUGUUUAGCUGCUGUCUUCGCCCAACCACUGACAUUUCACUGCCGCAAAUUAAAAAUAGAAUAUUUACUGUAUGUGUGCAUUUGUUUGUGAGCUGUGCCUUUCUGAGGCGGGAAACAUGGAAAGGACCCACGGAAAAGAUAAUAACAUCAUUUUUGUUAUAAGGGCUAUUUGCUGAAGCCUCGUGGUGAGGUGUUUUGAUUAUCAACAAAGGCAAGCUUGAUCCUCCCUGUGAGAUGAGUGGCUCCUGUAGGAGCCCGGCAUCACCGGUAACCCUGUAGGAGGCACCGCAGGUGGUCCGGGGAGGGGGUGGGGGGCGAUGGAGAGAGAGGCGUGCUGCACAUUGGUCGGGUUACUUUUCUGACGACACACCAACACAAUCUCAACCUGUGGAUAGAGCGCGUGUGGUGCUCUGUUGUCUCAUCUUUUUGCCACUGUCCCCUCUCUGACACCGAGCCCAACGCUCGGACAUCCAGGACGCAUGAUCUGGGAGAGGGUGUUGGUUCGAUUCCCGAAAAGAGGAGAGGAACCAAAAAGUUGAGGGGUCGUGCGCCAUCUCCGCUUCAUGAAUGGCCGGAACAUGGAGGAGGUGCCAUUCGAAAGAGUCAAGACCCGGCGGAGGAAGGGUCACUGCCCGGCAGGUGCACCCCUGGGCGCCAUCGCCUGCGAGGACGAAUUCAACAGCCACGAACUGGAGACUCUCUUUCAGAGCUACAACCUGAAGCUGGAGCAAACCGCCACCCUCAAAGCGCUUGCGGUGCUCAUCGUGGCUGCGUCGUCGCUGUCCCUGGUGGAGCUGCUGUCCAGCCCGCGUCUCACCUUGUCCAAGGGCUCCUACCCGGUGCACUGCGUGGUGUUCCUGUCUCUGUUCAUCGUCACAAACGUCAAAUACCUGCAUGUGACGCAGCUGCAGCAAAUCGCGAAGCUGGCCCUGCUGUUCAGUUUCACCUUUUCGCUGCUCUGCUGCCCGUUUCCUCUGGCGCUUGGCACGUCGGACCUGGUGAGCGCCGCUGCCCCAGAGCAAGGCGUGUGGCAGCUCAUGCUGGUCACCCUCGUGGCGUACGUGCUGCUGCCCGUGCGGACGCUGCUGGCGGUGCUGUUCGGGGUGAUGCUGGCUGCAUCCCACUUCAUUGUCAUAGCGACUUCAGUCACGGGAAGGAAACAGAAGCUGUGGAGACCGCUGGUGGCCAAUGCGGUGCUGUUCAUCAGUGUCAACUUGUCAGGGGUGUUUGUAAGGAUCCUCACUGAGCGCACCCAGAGGAAAGUCUUCCUGCAAGCCCGCAACUGCAUCGAGGAGAGGCUGCGACUGGAGGAUGAGAAUGAGAAGCAGGAGCGUCUGCUAAUGAGCCUACUGCCCAGGAAUGUUGCCAUGGAGAUGAAGGAGGACUUCCUGAAGCCGCCUGAGAGGAUCUUUCACAAGAUCUACAUCCAACGUCAUGACAAUGUCAGCAUCCUGUUUGCAGACAUUGUGGGUUUCACCAGCUUGGCUUCUCAGUGCACUGCUCAGGAACUGGUCAAACUGCUCAAUGAGCUCUUUGGGAAGUUUGAUGAACUUGCUACAGAGAAUCACUGCAGGCGGAUAAAAAUACUGGGGGACUGUUACUACUGUGUGUCAGGACUGACCCAGCCCAAGGCUGACCACGCCCACUGCUGUGUGGAGAUGGGCCUGGACAUGAUUGACACGAUCGCGUCGGUGGUGGAGGCGACAGAGGUGGAUCUGAACAUGCGUGUUGGUUUGCACACAGGACGGGUGCUGUGUGGCGUGCUAGGCCUCAGGAAGUGGCAGUAUGACGUCUGGUCAAACGAUGUCACGCUGGCAAAUGUGAUGGAGGCCGGAGGGCUGCCUGGCAAGGUGCACAUCACAAGGACCACCCUGGAGUGUUUGAACGGAGACUAUGAGGUGGAACCAGGCUUCGGACACGAGAGACACACCUUCCUCCAGAAACAUCACAUCGAGACUUUCUUCAUUGUUCCAUCACACAGACGCAAAAUAUUUCCAGGUCUGAUUCUGUCAGACAUCAAACCAGCCAAGAGGAUGAAGUUUAAGACCGUGUGCUACUUGCUGGUGCAGCUGAUGCACUGUAGGAAGAUGUUCAAGGCUGAGAUCCCCUUCUCCAACGUCAUGACCUGCGAGGACGACGACAAGCGGCGAGCCCUGCGAACUGCAUCGGAAAAGCUGAGGAGUCGGACAUCUUUCUCAGCCCCUGCCGUGCAGCACUCACCAGGAACACGAGUCAACCGCUACAUCGGGAGGCUCAUCGAAGCGCGGCAGACAGAGUCUGAGACAUCAGACCUCAACUACAUCACCCUGUUCUACAGGAGCAGAGACAGGGAGCGCAGGUAUCACCAGGUGUAUGACGACCAUUUCAUCAGCGCAGUGGUUCUCUCCCUCAUCCUCGCUGCCUUAUUUGGCCUCAUCUAUCUGCUAAUGAUCCCACAGGGGAUGCUGGUGCUGCUGCUGCUUGUGCUGUGUGUUUGUUUCCAUGUGGCCUGUGUCAUGUACCUGCAUCUCACCAGUGUUCAGUGCCAACCUGGCUGCCUCACCAUCCAAAUCCGAACAGUGCUGUGCAUCUUCCUCGUGCUGCUCACCUACUCUGUUAGCCAGGCCUGUGUGGUGGGAUGUGUUCCUUGGGGGAGAGUUGGGCCAAACUCCAGCCAUUCUGUGGAGGAGGUCCCUGCAGAUGUUCUUGGGGUCAGACCCUCAAACAGCACAGCGGCAGACAGAGCCUGUCCCAACAUGGCGUAUGCUCUGCUGUCCUGUGUGGCCGGCACCCUCACCAUCAUUCCCUACCUCAGAGUCUCCUCGCUCCCCAAGAUCUUCCUGCUCCUCCUCCUCUCUGUCACCUACACUGUUGUCAUGGAGACCAGCAGCUAUCGCCAAGCAGUGGGCGGUGGUUUCUUCCACACCCGUGGUUAUGACCCCGUGUUGGCAGUCUUGUUGUUUUCUGGAGCUCUGGCUCUCCAUUCAAGACAGCUGGACCUGAAGCUGCGGCUCGACUAUCUCUGGGCUACUCAGGCAGAGGAGGAGAGAGAUGACAUGGAGAAGGUGAAGCUGGACAACAAGAGGAUCCUGUUCAACCUGCUGCCGGCUCAUGUGGCUCAGCACUUCCUCAUGUCAAACCCCAGGAACAUGACAAGAACAGUAAUUCAAGAUCUGCUUGCUGCUUCAAGGUUUAUAAGGAUGAGACGAGCUGGGGCGAUUCCUGACUAUGUUAAGUUAAUGGACCUGUACUACCAGUCUUACGCUCAAGUUGGAGUGUUGUUUGCCUCCAUUGCCAACUUUAAUGAUUUCUACAUCGAGCUGGACGGGAACAAUAUGGGAGUCGAGUGUCUGAGGCUGCUCAAUGAGAUAAUCGCGGACUUUGAUGAACUGAUGGAUAAAGAGUGCUACAGGGAUAUAGAGAAAAUCAAGACUAUCGGCAGUACGUACAUGGCGGCAGUAGGGCUGGUUCCUACAACUGCCUCCAAGGCGAAGAAGUCCAUCACCUCACAUUUAUGCACAGUGUCUGACUUUGCCAUCGAGAUGUUCAAUGUCCUGGAUGCCAUCAACUACCAGUCUUACAACGACUUUGUCCUGAGAGUAGGUAUCAAUGUGGGACCGGUGGUGGCCGGAGUGAUUGGAGCCAGAAGGCCUCAGUAUGACAUCUGGGGGAACACAGUGAAUGUAGCCAGCAGGAUGGACAGCACUGGAGUACAAGGAAAGAUACAGGUGACAGAAGACGUUUAUCGCCUCAUCACAGAAUACUACAACUUUGUUUGCCGCGGCCAGGUCAGUGUGAAGGGCAAAGGUCAGAUGCUCACGUACUUCCUUGAAGGGCGCAGACAAGGCAGCAGACCAUCUCAAAUUCAGCAGCAGCCUGGAAACGCUGGGCAUCGGUCGAGUGCGUUUGCCCACGGUACUGUGUGCACCAGGCUGAGCCCCGCCCCAAGUGUUGCCGCCUAUGCUACGAUCAGGACCCCGAGCCCGAGCACGGUCAAACCAACUGCCUCCACCAGCACCACCAGGUACCUGCCCUCUGUCCCGACAGCAAUGGUGUGAGGGAUGCUGUCUCCAUGGUAACCAUGGAAAACAAGAAAAUGAGAUUUGGAGAAUUGCAUGGAUGGCAACAAGAUGUCGCAGAGAGAGCUUAAACAAGAGGGAAGGUUGUUCUCCACUCCACUCUUCUUCUACUGUCUGCGAAACACAGAGAAGUUGAUGCACCAAUCGUCCAAUGGGAGGCCUGGACUCGGGCCUGGACUGCUUUAGGCAGCCUCAAUCAGACUCUCCCUCCACACUUGAGCCCUGCUUGUUGUUCCACACCACAGGUUGUCAUGAACAGGAUACAGGAAACUUUAUCCACGUUGCUCUGUAAUCAAUCAAAGGCCAAGGAUGUCUCCGGGAUUUCAGAGUCGACUCCCAAAACUGUAUCCACAUCCAGAACAAUCAAAAUCGGCAUCAAAAUAAAAACACAUUGCAAUGCACAAUUGAUAGUGUAGCACGCAAGUCUCUCACCACAACAAGAGCAUCCAGAAAUUCUUUUAACUAUUUCAGCUGACCCAUUUCUCUCAGUUUGAAACCAAAUCAGUGCUGUUGCCUUAGCAACUUCUCCUCACAAUGAGUUUCUUGCCAUUUUUUUGGUUGCAUUUUUGAUUGUUUAUUGCUUUAUUGGACACUAAUUCAGGGGAAUUAAUUACAGGGGCAUUGUUGUCCAAGAGUACACAUAUGAUUUUAAAGUGGAUGAAGCCAAAUGUAUAAUUGUAAAUGGCAGGUAAUGGUAUAAACUUGCCAAAAUACAACAGGGCAUUGCCUUCAAUCAUUUCUGGGUCAGUGAUACAGUACAUUUAGGACCCAUCACUGAAACCCUCUAAUGGCACACGAGGUAAACUCUUGAUAACCUGAGCCAAGCCGCUCAGUGUCUUUAAGUGCAUGAUGCCACUGCUGCAUUUCAGUCAUGUUUGCUGUCCGUUUCCCUGUGAUGCUUGACUUCCAGAUUCUUCCUUGUCAAAGUGUAGCAAUAAAGCGGUUUGUCUCCUAUCUCAGCCUAUUCACCCCUUGCAUGCUGUAGCCAGCUGGACCCUAUUUUGAUCUGACAGUGUAUGUAGCCGAUAGAGUGUGCAUAGCUAGCCACACCAGUCUGUAUCUCUGUGGAGUUGAAGCAUGACUUAGAAAACUUAUUUUCUGUAUCGUACGAGUGUGAUUCCUUACUCAUGGAACAAUAUAAAAAAAUAAAAAUAAAAAAUCUUUUUUUCUGCAUACCUGUUUAUUUAAAAAAAGUUUUCUAUUAACAUAUUAUGUUCUACUAUUUUUAUGAACUAAAAGCUGCUUUGGAUAGAAAAGAAAACUGUUGUUUUUGAGGAGACACCCAAACCUCUGUGUCUGGCCUCCUCAUACAAACCCAGAUGAUUUAUUUUAUGGUAUAGCAUGCUCCUCACAGUAUGGCUGACCGCAGCUAUUAACUUUCCUCUAAUGUAUUCGAGCAUGCACUGCCUGCAAGCCCGUGGCUCAUGCAUGCUCUGAUUACAAAUUUCAGGCCGAGCAGCGGACAGACAGUGACUCUGUUUAAAUGUCGUCCUGAUGCAUGCGCUAAAGGUAGCGGUUCUCUUGAAUGUACGGUGCUUUUUUUUGACCCGUCUUCUUCAUGAACUUGGUGUGAGAACCUUUUUGAGGACAUAUUUCAGGAUAGUCGGACAUUGGGCCGGGGACUCCUCCUCCCUGCUCCUGCUGUAGUCAACAGGUAGCUGGUUUUCAAAUGUGCCAACCUAUUUUCAUAAACAUAUCAAACUUUUUGUGUUGAGCUGUAGCACAACUGAACAUGUGGCUACAGCUAUUGUUGAUUUCCUUUUGUUGAAUGGCUGUAUUUUUACUGUUUGAGCUGUUAUUUAACAGUUUUGUAACUCAAAGUGAUUGAAAGUGUUGAUUUUGGAGAGAUGACCUGGCUAAAAUGAUGUACUUUACAUUUCUAAGAGGUAAAAAUGAGAAGUUUUAUACUCUUGCUUUAAAACAUUGAUGGAAAAUGGAUGGAAAGGAAUGAUGUACAAUAUUUUUUCCUGUAAAUUGAAUAUUUUGAUACUGUAUGAUACGGGUUUCAAUUGUUAUAUGUAGGUAUUACUAGCCAUUACUGUACAUUGUAGGGUCUUUUUCAGAGGACUAUUAUGAAUGAUGCGAUAUUUGUUGAGUUUUGUUGAAGAUGUAUUUGAAAUGUUUUACGUGAAUGUACAUUUUGUUAAAGAUGAUAUUUUAUACUAAGUGUUUGCACUGCGAUAAUAUUGACCUAUUAUAAAAAUAAAGCCAGUAGGGACAUCUCCUGGA